AUGCAAACGUACGUUGUUUCCACCGUUCUCCGAGAUUUGUUUUUGGUUGCAGUAACUUCUCCUCGCCGCCCGAGAUCGUGCUUCCUCGCGAAAGCGCGCCCGACACCCGCCGCAAGCUGAUCCUCCGCAAUCCUACGGACCGAGACCUCGUCGUCAAGCUCAUCGUUCCUCCUUCGAUCGUUGCCGAGCGACUCGCCUACCGCAUCCGGCCACGCACCUUCAUCGCCAUUGAGUACAAAGUCAACAGUCCUCGCGCUGGAGUUUUCGAGGUAACAAUUGAACGUCUCAUGAAAUGGAAACAUAAUCAACUUGUUGCAUCAUACUUCUUUUUUUCUGCUUUUUUUCGGAAAAGCCUACGAUUUUUUUAAAUUUCCCAAUAUCGAAUUUUCUAAAGCUGUGAAUUUUUGUACUCGGCGAUGUUUUCAAGGUCAUAAUGUUUUGAAAUUUAGGCCAUCGGACAUUCCCUUCGUGGCUACGUCGUUCCUUCUUACAAGCGAAACUUGGAGUGAGUGAAGAUUACUAGUAUAAUCAAAUACUUCGAAUCUUUCAGAAAAUGGCUCUCUGAAAAUAAGAGCCACAAGAAGAGCGAGGAGGCUUUCAACAUCCCGAUUCGCUUCAGAAAUGAGUUCUCCGCCCCACAGGUUGAUAAAAAUAAGACUAUAGUUCAAUUUUCUUUUUCUUUUUUCCAGACUGUGAUCGACCUUCCUGGCCGUGCAGCCCUUGUGGAAUCGAUUCCCACUCCGAUGGCGGCCAUCGAUGAGGAUGACGUCAAGACCGCUUGCGCCGUCGAUUUUGGUAGAAUGACCCCAUGGAUUGAUAUCGUCGAUUUUUUCAGAUGUGGAAAGCGCCCAUCAGUUUGGCUCCAUGACGAAUGUUGCCGUUAACCUCCGCAAUCAGCCCAAAUCGUAAGAUUUUUCUAUCCACAAGUGAUUUUUAAUCACGUACUUCAGAUGUUGGUUGACGACGGCGCUGAGCAACGCGAUCUGGAGCGAGCCCAAGCCGGUGGAAAUCAACGUCACAGACAAGAAGAAGAAGAACGUUUCGGCCAAUUCGUGUGGAGCUACGUCCAAGAAAGCGCGCCGCUCCAACACCGACCUCAAUGUGACUCCCUGCGGUGGGAUUGCCGCUUAUUGACGGCUGAAGAUUUGAAUAAAUGGUGCACCAUUCAAUGUCUUUAAACAUCUGAAACUCGCUUUCAAGGAUCUUUUAUUAGUAGCCGAUAAAGGGGAAUAAUAGAAAAAUUAAAGGGGAACAGCUCAGCUGGCAUAACUCAUUUCUAACGUCCGCAAGGUCGUAGGUUCGAGUCCCCCCGAGGUCGACCAAGCCUUUCAUCCCUCCGGGGUAGAUAAAAUUGGGAGCUGCAUGCAGCGAAAAGGCUCAAUCUCUGCCAUCGGCCUUUGGAAAGCCGGCACCGUACUUCUUCCUACGACCUCUCUUGUACCUGAUGUUCUACGAGCGAAAUUCACAACUUCUGCCUAA